AUUUGUAGGAGGCACCCGGAAACUACUGCAGAACCCCACCCAAAAUAGCGUCAUUUAGGACCCAAAAUUUGCUCAAUCCCUGCCCGAAAAUAGCCUGGUCUCUUCUGGCUGGUGCUUACCCAUGACUCAAACGGUUUCCUUCGUUCUGAUUGAAAUUGGGAAUGUGAUGGGAACAAUUCCCAUGCCUUAUUAGUUAUAGUUAAACUUUCCCUCCAUGUCCUCGUUCGAAGACCUAUUCACCUCUUUGGAACUAGAUGUAAUCGUCCCAGAAUCUUCUAUAACCUAUCCUCCUAGCACAAAUACCGAUGAAUGGUUAGACCAACUCAACAUCAUCGAUAGAAAAGAAGCGUUUUUCGACGAACAUUUACAAACCUUAUUUACUUUACGCGUUCCACAAUCAGAACUACCCCAAAAUUUGGACACAGACCCUCCAGAGCCUUCUCGGAAUCUGCUUGAUUUCCUCGCGCACGUCCAAAUUCUCCUCGAAGCAUCCUACAUCUCGCCCAUCGCGCCGAAUGACGAUAGCUCUGAAUACACCGUAUCCGCAUCUCCCUUACCGUCGUCGCGUCUAAAUCCAAACAUACCGAGCUCACCGCCACCGCGAACGUCUAGUAUCAAGAAACCUACUCAUUUAAAUCUCAGUGGGUUGUUGUCACCGAAUUCGGGCUUUGGGUCUGCGUCACACCAUCCGUCGAUCUUACCUCCGUCGACGCCGAAUCCUAUGCCAGCGUCUGCUGCUGUGGACCAGAGAUAUUUACAGGCGGAAGGUGUGGUGUUGACGUCUAGAAUUUGGGGACAGGAUGUUAGUGGAAGUGGAACGGGGUUGUUGGACAGGAAAGAUCAGAAGGAUAAAGACUCUGAGGGUACUGAACAAGAACGAGAGGGAUUUUAUUUACUCUGGUCGAAGAGGGACCGGGCUUGGAUUGCAGUCUAUAGGACUGUGCUGGACAUUGCUUUCCUCCGCCUCAAUUUCAACUCCCCACUCCUCUGUCUGACGUUUUCAGCAACACUGCGCGAUAAACCAUUAGCGAUUGCUUCCUCUAAAAGCCCGCUGGCAGUCUAUCUCAAAUCUGUUGAUGCUAUUUCCACUCCUGGCGAUCCUAUCUCUCCAACUUCACCUUCCACUCCUGUCAACGCUAAUGAUAAUAAUAAUGAAAUCAACCCAACUCCGGAGACCGACACAGAGAUUAGUCCUCCUGAAAUCAACCUCCUUGCAGGUCUUUACGCCGGACCGACGUUUGCUCCAGCGUCUUCCCUGGGUAGACGCCCUCCAUCGACGAACAACAGCACUCCAACAGGUACUCCUACGAGACCAACAUCCAAGAUCAAAACGGGCACGUCCUCUGACAUCGGGAAUGACGAACUCACCCUUCCCUCAACACGUCUGGGACCGAUCUCUCGCGCCAAAUUAUUCGCUCUCCCUCCAAUCGAACCAGAGACGCCGACAUCGUCUGCGAUGAUCACGCCUACGCCUCUUCCAGGUCAAAGUGCGCUUCCUAGUGCACCUUUAAGCACUACAGGUCAUAACCGUCAACAUACCAUCGGGGGACGAGGAAAACCGGUCCUGAGGAAGAGUUUUAGGAAGAUUCUGGAGACGGCGAGUGGGUUUAAGGUUAGGAUGAGGACGGUGUUUGUGCCUGCGGUGUUAUUGGACGAAGGAGGGGAGGAGAAUGAAGAGGAUUUCGAGGAUGUUGAACUUGGUAAUGAAGGGGAUAGCGGCGAUGAGGGUAACGGGAACCAAGACGAUGAAGAAGAAAACUCGGAAAACUACGGCGAAGACGAAGACCCAGACCGCCUAACCUCCGGCGCCUCAGAACGCACGGUCGUCCUCUGCGUUGAAAUUGAAACAGAAGGAGACCCGUUCUACCGACCCGCAGAUGCACCAGAUUUCAUCGUCGAAAAAGUUGACAUCUCGAUCACUGGGAACGCAGCAGGUGGUGGGAAGGAGGAAGGAGCUACUGCGAGGUUGAUUGGAUGGGAUACUGCGAACGCCUUGGCUCGUAAAGGAGGGGCAAAGAGAAAGAAAAAGAAAAAACAACAUUCCUCCUCCGAAAGUCAAGCCAGCUUUCCCUUAUACCUCGCUCCGCAUGAACAGCAUAACUUGUUAUACGCUGUCUCAUUCCUGCACUCACCACAGGAAGAUGCUGCCUUGAAUGGAAUCGGCUCAAUGGGUCUAGCAGCCAAUCUAACUACAGGUGUAGGAAUGAACGAUCUCCCUAGUGCAGGCGUCUUAGGUCCUACUGGAGGCAUUAAACCCGGCGGUGGCCCCGAUAAAGCUCUCCAACGAGGAGUGACGAUCGAGGUUUUUGGGAAACCAUGUUAUGCUAAUAGUAAUACCACCAUCACUGUACCUGCCGGUACAGGAGAACAAUCCAACAAAUACCACUACCCCACUCCUACGUUUGUCUCGCGUUGGAAUUGCGUUUUGGAUUUAUCUCUGUCACAACAAGUCCCCAGGAGAAGGGACGACUUUGGAAAUGAUGAUUAUGAUCAUACACCUCUACCGACGAUAAAUGCCUUACCGGAACCACCAUCUCCAUUUCCUGUUCCCGUAUCUGCGAAUAUGGGUUUGUCACCUUCCACUUCCGCAGCGUCUUCAAAUUUUCCUGCUUCUUCAUCGUUUCCCUCCAUUGCAUCCGUCGUCUCUCCGAACGAGCGUCGGGCGCUAGGGUCUCUUGGGUUCGGGUUGGAUCUAGGAUUGGGAUCAGGAUCAGGGAACAGAAAAAGCUCUUUGGGUCUUUUAGCAUUCCCUUCAGCCUCGGGACCCGCUACGACUAGUAUGGCAACGACGGAAAAGAGACAUACGUUGCCUGAUCUUCCGAGAAUUUUGCCUUCGCAUGUUCAAUCUGCUGGUCCGGGCCUUGGGUAUAACUUAGGGCAUAAUCUAGGCUCUACUAUUGAGCGUCCGGGAUCUGCUCUUGGGCCGUCGAGGGAGCGGAGGGAUAGUGCCAAAGGAGGAGUGCAGGGUAGACAAAGAAGAGAUAGUUUACCAAUUUCGUCGCCGGGUGCAUCGACAUCGAAAUACACCCCUCCGUCGGUGAGUGCAGCAAUAACAGCGCAGAAUUUGAGAUCUCCGACGACUUAUGAGGCGCCGCCUCCACCGCCAUUCAAGGACCGAGGCGGAGGAGGAGGAGGAUUAUCAGUAACGAUCCCACCCUCUAUAGACCAAGCCAUGGGUUUGACACCGCCUGAUGCAGCAAUGAAUGCACCUCCAAUGACACCUGCGUAUCCUGCGUUUCCAAAUAAUAUCAACGGAGCACACGGUGCUUUACAAUCCCACCACAACGCCGCCGCCACUGUUCCGCCUAGCCCGCUCUCCCAAGGACCGCUGAUCCCGCAUGGCGGAAACCUUCCACCGAAUAGCGGGAAUGUGUCGGGAGUGGGGUACGUCGGGCCUAGUGUGGAGGUGAAGCGUGAGAGAGGGAUGGGUGUGGGUAUGGGAUUUGGUGGUGGAUAUGGUGGGUAUGGAGGUUAUGGAGGAAUGGGAAGCGCGUUGGGGAGUGCUAUACCGAGUGCGAUCCCGCAGACUCCAGCCCCCACAAUCGGAUUUGGUACUCCGGCGCCUACAGGUAGGAGAGGGGGGCCAGGGACGGGGAAGGCGUUCGAUGGUGAUGUACAGGGAGGGGGUGGGCAUGAUGAAUAUGGUGGUAAAAUUGAUAUUGAUGGAGGGAACGGAAGCCAGUCAAUUGUUGUCUCUGUCGGUAUACUACCUCAACAAAAUAUCCAUCCUCCAAAAACAUCUUUCGAAUCAUCAACUCCUCUUCCGUCCUCGCGUCCUUCUUCACCAUCAGAAUUCCACGAAAACCCGUCCAAGGGCGAUAACCUCAACGCAGAUACAUUGAACUUCUCCAAACACACCACAUCUACGAAACCAGAAUUAAUAUACCCCCUUUCAACAUUUAUUCUCGAUAUUUUCGUGUUUAAUCGGUCUACAUGGACACGCAGAUUUGAAAUAAGCUGUCCUGAUUUGCGAUCUAGGAGGAAGAGGCGAGAAGUUGAAACUCUGACUGCAGCUAGUCGAGGGCCUGGAAAACGACGAUCAGAGAAUGUAAGAGCAGGGAUGAUGAAGGAUUUGUCUACGAGAAUUCCUGACCCAGGCGUUCUCCCACUCGAAAACCGAGUUCGUAUUGGACCCUUGUUACCUUCUGCAUGUCAAUCCGUCAGGAUGAAGUUCCUCGCCGUGUCUCCUGGUGUGCAUUCGAUCGAUACGCUCACGUUGACGGAUGUAGAGAGUGGGUUAGCAAUGAAUUUGAGAUCUGUUAUGGAUGUCGUGGUACAUGAGCCUGCUUAGAAAGGUAUAUGCAUAGAUAGUUGACCUUACGAACACUAUAACUAUGAAUUGAGAACGUCCCCGCUCCCCCAUUGUGUUGUACAGUAUGUGAUCAUGUCACAAG